AUCAAAACAGAAAAACUCUUCUGUUUAGGUUAUCUAACAUAGGUAGCCGUGGUUGAAAUAAUCUACAAGCUCUUAUCUAUACCCACAUGGUUCUCUUUGAAUAGAGAAGUCAUGGAGUUCAAUCCCUCGUUUCCUACAACUGUAGCAGUCACAUUUUUGGUCAUUGCAGUAGCUUUCCUGUUCUAUGUUGCAAAUCGUAAAAGGGCAAAGAAAGGGAAGAAAAGGGAACCACCUCAAGCAAACGGUGCAUGGCCAAUAAUCGGACACUUGCACCUUCUAGGUGGAUCUAACCCACCUCACAAGGUUUUAGGUGAUAUGGCAGAUAAACAUGGCCCUAUCUUCACCAUUAAGCUUGGUAUCCAUCAAGCUUUGGUGGUGAGUAACUCGGAGAUAGCCAAGGAUUGUUUUACUACAAACGACAAGGUUCUUGCAAGUCGACCUAAAGCAGAGGCCGUAAAAAUCCUGACCAAUAAUUAUGCCCUUUUCGGUUUUACGCCGUAUGGGGAUUAUUGGCGACAAGUGCGCAAGAUGGUCAUGCUUGAGGUUCUUUCUCAACGACGAGUUGAGAUGCUUGGAGGUAUUCGAGUUUCAGAAGUUAGAGCUUCCAUCAAAGAUCUAUAUGAUGCUUGGGAAGAGAAGAAAGAGAGUGAACAUUCUGACAUGGUGAAGGUGGAGAUGAACCAUUGGUUUGGCAACUUGAUGUUAAACAUUAUGGUUAGGAUUAUUUCAGGAAAGAAGCUUUUGCAUAACGAUGAAGAAAGGGUUCGAUUUCAGGCGGUCGUAAAGAAAUUCGUUCACUUAUUAGGUGUAUUUGUGGUCUCAGACUAUAUCCCGUAUCUCAAGUGUUUGGAUGUGGGUGGACACUUCAAUGUUAUGAAAAAGAUAACUCGAGAUUUGGAUGACAUCUUUGAGGGAUGGUUAAAGGAACCCAAAACAGACAGCGAAUCUACACAACAACGUGAAAGCAGCCAAGCCUUCAUAAAUGUGCUCGUUUCCACUCUUCAAAGUGCUUCUGAAGAGGAUUUCCCUGGUUUUGACCAUGAUACAAUUAUCAAAGCCACAUGUCAACAACUCCUAAUAGCCGGCUUGGACACGACUUCUGUGACUUUGACAUGGGCUUUAUCGUUGCUGCUCAACAACCCGAAAUCAUUAGAAAUAGUCCAAGAUGAAAUUGACGAGCAUGUUGGAAGGGACAGACCGGUGGAGGAGUCAGACAUUAAGAACUUGGUUUACCUCGAUGCCGUCAUCAAAGAAACAUUGCGUUUAUAUCCACCUGCUCCUCUCUCGGUUCCCCAUGAGUCAAUGGAGGACUGCAUUGUGGGUGGCUACAACAUCCCAAAAGGUACUCGUCUGUUGGUCAAUCUUUCGAAAAUGCAACGUGAUCCAAACAUCUGGUCAGAUCCCUUGGAAUUUCGACCCGAAAGGUUCUUGACAACUCACAAGGAUAUUGACUUGAAGGGAAACCAUUUUGAAUUGCUUCCAUUCGGUAGUGGUAGAAGAAUGUGCCCUGGCAUUUCGUUUGGUCUCCUGUCUUUGGGUUUAACACUUGCUAGUUUGAUACAACAGUUUGUGCUCCAAAAACCAUCGAACGAACCCAUGGAUAUAAGUGAAAGUUCGGGACUGAUUAACAGCAAAGAAACACCACUUGUUGUCUUUCUAUCUCCUCGUUUAUCUUCUAAUAUGUAUCGUGUGGGUUCAUGAUAUACCAACUUCUGAUCACCUACAAACCCAACUCCACCCAUCAAUCCCCACAAGCCACCCUGCGAUUAAAGUGAGCCGAUUUGUGUUAGAAUUUAAUGACAAAAUCAGAUAAAUUAGUUGUUGGGUCAGUAUGGAUCAGUAAGUUGGGCCGUAGGCCAUCAAAUUGGGUCAAUAGGCUGUCCAUUAUGAUAGCAGUUACAAGUUGGUUUUAUGUGUCGGUUCCAAGAGUUGUGUCUAUUCUUGGCACCGUUUCAUUUUGUAUAUAUGAUUGUCUUGUAUCGUCUGGUAGUUACGAACAAUUUGACAGAAUAUUUUCAGUUUGC